AUGAGUUUUGAACAUUCGGGUACAGAUUCAAGAAUUUCAAGAAACGGUAUUAUAAAUCUUCAAGAUCAUUAUUCAAGAAACAUUAUGGAUCAUGUAAGAUCAAGAAACACAAGUACACAAGCACAGUCAUCUUCUUCUUCUUCGUAUACUUAUAGAUCAGAGAAAAAGAAAAUAAUGGAGUAUCAAAGAUCGGUAUCACAAGGAAGAAGAAUACUGCCGUCAAGCUAUUUUAGCUUAGAAUCGUUACUUUUACUUAUUUGUUUAACGGCGUCUUUGUUGAUCUUGCCGCUGAUUCUGCCGCCAUUGCCGCCGCCGCCGUUCUUGUUGCUUCUGCUUCCGAUAGCUAUUAUGGUUGUCAAAUCCGUUCUGGUUCGUCCGGUUUAUUCAAAAAAUCUAAGAGUAAAAUAUCGAGCCGGGUUAAAUAACUCCGAAAUCCUAUUUGAUAGAAACUGUCUUGAAACUCGUUGA